AUGCCGGUGGCCGGCCAGUCGGUGCAGCAGAUGAGGAGACAUAGUGGCCGGCGGCUGUGGUUGGAGAUGGGAGAGCACUGGGAUGAUAGCACCCAAUCCAAGGAGAAGAUUGAGGCAAGUCUAGUAAGCAAGCAAGAGGCUGCGAUUAGAAGAGAAAGAGCGCUCGCAUAUGCAUUUUCCCAUCAGUGGAAGAGCAGUUCAAGGUCCUCCAACCCAAUGUUUGUAGACCCAAACAACCCACACUGGGGCUGGAGCUGGUUGGAGCGCUGGAUGGCAGCAAAGCCUUCUGACGGUGGCCGCACUGGGACUAACAAGGAAAGCAACGGUGACAACAUAUCUGUGAAGAGCAUAAGUUUGAACCUUGGAGAGGGUGAGAUCACAAAAGCCUUCAAAAGUCGGAGCAUCAAGCCAGACAAGUCAUCACCAACGACUCCAAAGCUGACCCGCCCAGCCUCCCGGCUGUCCCCUUCAACACCCUCUGCCAAAGUAACACCAAUUGUUGAGAAGAAGAAACCUGCUACACCAAAGAACAGGCUUCCGCAGGUGGAUGACGAUGCAAGGAGUGUCCUCAGCGUGCAGUCCGAGCGGCCAAGGCGGCACAGUAUAGCCACCUCAACUGUACGGGACGACGAGAGUCUCGCAAGCUCUCCAUCAGUCCCAAGUUACAUGGCCGCCACGAAAUCCGCAAGGGCCAAGUCCCGCCUCCAAGGGUCGCCAUUGGUCGAUGCUGCAGAGGCACCAGAGAAAGUAAGCCCUGUUGCAUCUGUCAAGAAGAGGCUGUCCUUCCCAGCUGGUUCGGUGUCUCCGUCGCCAAUGAGGCGGCAUUCUGGUCCUCCCAAGGUGGCAGACAGUGUGGUGAAGGACAUUGCUGAGGCACCACAGCUGGAGGCCCUGGCGAUCAAUGGCUGAAACAAGUAAUUCAUACACGUGGCAAGAGGAGGUUAUGGUUAUGCAGAUAUACAGAUUCCACUCACGAACAAAGGUUUAAAGUUCAAUCAGAUGUAUGAUUAUUGGCAUUUUUCUUUUGUCCGGUUAUGAUGGCUGCAUUGUUGGCUU